AUGGAGGUCGCGAAACGUACGGAGAGCCGAAGCAGCCAGUGCGCGCACCUCUGUCGCCCGCCGCCAGCUCCGGAUCUUCCGAUGCAGCACAGGGGCGCGGACUCCGGGUACAGCGCCUUGGCCCCGCCUCGCGCUUACCCUGCUCCAUCCCUCCCGCCUGCGCCUUCCCGGCUCCUCCCCUCGGCUCUCCCAGCCCCACACCCUCCCCGCCCUGGCUCAGCUGCGGUCAGGUCUCCUGGGUCUAGGUUCGCAUUUUUUCUGCGCGCCCUGUGCUCCCCACCUCGCAGAUCCGCAGUCUUCUGGAGACCGUGGACUGAAGACGGAGGAGAGAAGGAGCAGGAGGCACCGCACCACGCCGUGGAGGCGAUGCCAGAUGGCCUCGGAAUAACGGACGCCUCAGGAAAGCUUUCCCAAUACAGACACCCAGUCAGACUAUUUUGGCCAAAAUCAAAGUGUUAUGAUUACUUAUAUCAAGAAGCAGAAGCUCUUCUGAAAAAUUUUCCAAUUCAAGCCACAAUUUCAUUUUAUGAAGAUUCUGAUAGUGAAGACGAAACUGAGGAGCUGAUCUGUGAAAAUUAACCU